GACAGCAGUGUUGACCGGUCAGAGCGGUCAAGCAAUCAGCUGUGCCGUGCGAUCCGUUUUGGGUAAUUACGACAAUAAUCAAACGCAAUAGCAGCGAAGACCGGAAAACCAGUGGAACGAUGAGUGAGGCCGGCACCAACGCGGAUGCAGUGGUGGCCGAAAAGGAGCGCAAGUUUCGCAUCCAGGCCGCCGCCUUUCUGGGAUUGGUGGGCGGUGUAUCCGCUCUGUUCGGAUUCUCCCGCACUCUAGCCACCGCGAAGAAAACGGACAGCAAGGUCCUCCAGCAGGCUGGAACCCGACAGGGGCUGAUCCUAAUGGACGAGGGCGCCACCCUUGCCCUGCGUGCAUUGGGCUGGGGUACUCUGUACGCCGUCAUGGGCACCGGUGCCUUCUGCUACGGCUUUUGGAAGCUGUCCGGAGCCAAAGACUUCCAAGAGUUCCGCCUUAAGAUGGGCAACGCACUGCCAAGAAUCACCAAGGACGAACCACCAGCCAGCCGCACCGACUUCGAGAGCCUCACGGACCUCAUGAAGUACCUGGCCGCCUGGAAUAAGGAAUGAGCAGCUCACAAAAAUACAUAUACACAAUUUAAAUUAAACCUAAUGCCUAAGUAGACUUGAACAUAAACCAAAACAUUUGUUAACUUGAGUUUACAUAUAGGCAAAUGUUAUCUUUAUAAGA